AUGACUGAACAACUGCAGUUGCCAUCCCUGGACAACUGCAAUUGCCAUGUCUGGACAGCUGUAGUUGCCAUGCCAGGACAAACUGCAGUUGCCAUGCCAGGACAAACUGCAGUUGCCAUGUAUGAUCAAAAAUGUGAUUGCAAUGUACAAACAACCGUGGAUGGGCCUUCAACUACAAUCAACAAUGGAGCGGGGACAUCUACUGUGGGGAGCUCUGAGCGCACGGAAGACGCGUUCCACCAGCCAACCAACAAUCAUGCUGCAAACAAUGCCGAGUCAGAGUCGGAAAUGGCAAUCAUUCCAGCAAUGCCGACAAGCACACCUUUGAACACAAGCACUGGCAACACUCAAGUAGAUGAAACUGCUGCCGAUACUGAAGUGAAUGAUGAAACUGAUGACGAAGCACAAGGGGAUGAAGAUGGUGGGCAAUCAGAGAUCAUGGUACCUCAGCCACCUUACGUUGGGCAGAGAUUUGAAUCGUUCGCAGAGGCAAGGGAAUUCUACCAGACAUAUGCAAAGUUCCAUGGAUUUGCGGUCAACACCGAAUACCAUAGGAAAAUUAAGAAAACUAACGAGUACAGCAGAGGUGAGAUGAGGUGCCACAAGGCACGAAGGAACAAGAAGGGGAAAGGUGUUGCGCCUGUCGUUCUGGAGCGAAAGAGAGGUAUCAUUCUCAAGAGGGAAUGCCCUGUCCAGUGUAAGCUAAACGUAGAUGGAGCACAGUGGGUGGUCACUGAAUAUUUUGACGAGCACAACCACAAACUCAUAAAGAAGUUUGACCUGGUAAAAUUUCUGACCGCCCACAGAGGAUUCACCCCCCUCGAGAAGAAAUUCAUAAAGCUGCUACAUGAUUGUAACGUCGCUCCAUCAAGAAUGGUCCAGGUACUAUCACUCAUCCACAGCAAAAAAGGGACUUUGAGUAGCAUGCCCUACAUACCAGCUGACGUCACAAACCUAAAGGCAAAGUACCGUAGAGAGAGCAAGUUGGCUGACAUAGAGGCCACAAUGGCCUACUUCGAUGAGAAAGCGAAGGAAGAUCCAGAUUUCUUCUAUAGGAUAAGAUUGGACGAUGAGGACCGUGUCAGGAACAUGUAUUGGGUGGAUGGUGCUGCAAGAAGAGCCUACAAACAUUUCCGAGAUUGCAUUUCAUUCGACGCGACAUAUCUCACUAAUAUGUACAAGAUGCCAUGCGCUACAUUCAUAGGAAUAAAUAACCACAAUCAGUCGUUGCAGUUCGAAUGCGGGCUCGUUCGAAACAAAGACACGGAUGGGUACGUUUGGCUGUUCAAGACCUUCUUGGAGUGCAUAGGUGGACUUGCUCCGAUGAACAUAAUAACAUACCAGGAUUUUAGCAUGCGUGCACGCAUAGAGGAGGUCUUUCCGUUGGCAGUGCACAGGCACUGCAGGUGGCACAUUAUAAAGAAGGCUGAGGAGACACUAGGACCGGUCCUUGCUGACCAUCCAGACCUGCACAAGGCAUUCGAGCUGUGCGAGGACCACAGCUUGACGGUGGAGGAGUUUGAAAGGAGCUGGAUGGCUAUGGUUGAAACAUAUCAAGUCCAAGACCACGAGACGCUUGCUAGCUUGUGGGAGAAGCGAAUGUACUGGGUGCCGGCCUACUUCAUGCAUUGCUUCUUCCUGUUUCUGCAGACUACACAGCGCAGUGAGGGGUUCAAUGCUGUUUUGAAGCGGUACGUGAGCCCUGGCAACUCAUUACUACAGUUUGCCAAGCAGUACACCGCUUUGCAACAAAAAAUACUGGGAUCCGAGCUACAGCAAGAAGCAAACACCGCGCUCAAGCAGCCAAAAUUGCUAACAUAUUUACCAAUGGAGAGGCAGAUGAGCAAGAUAUACACCAACACGAUUUUUAACAAGUAA